CGGGGCGGUCCCGGGGCCGCCUGUUGACUCGCCUCGGCCCCAUCACAUGAUCGUGGAGCGCAGCGAGCAGGCGGCGGAGCAGCGGCGCCGGACGGGACCAUGGCGGUCGAGGGCGGGAUGAAAUGUGUGAAGUUCCUGGUGUUCGUCUUCAACUUCAUCUUCUGGGUGUGCGGCGUGGCUCUCAUCGCCAUCGGCAUCUAUGCACAAGUGGCCCUCAAUAAAGCGCUGGCGGUCAGCAAUGCCUCCGCCUCCAGCACCCCCGUCGCCAUCCUGGUGCUGGGGGUUAUCAUCUUCUUCAUCUCCUUCUUUGGUUGCUGCGGCGCCUGGAAGGAGAGUUACUGCAUGGUCACCACGUUUGCCGUCCUGCUCAGUGUCAUCUUCUUGGUGGAGAUCGCCGCAGCCAUUGCUGGAUACGUCUUCAAGGACAAGGUCCGCUCGGUGCUGGAGGAUGGGCUGUGGGAUGCCAUGCGCAAGUAUGGCGAGGACCAGGCUGUGACGGAGGCGGUGGAUGAGCUCCAGAGGGAUUUUUCUUGCUGCGGAGCCAACAACUACACGGACUGGUCCACCAUCGAGCGGUUCAAGGCAAACGACACAGUGCCCCGAUCCUGCUGCCGUGUCAACACCACGUCCUGCAACAUCCACCCCAACCCCGAAACUGUCUACGAGAAGGGCUGCCUCCAGAGCAUCGAAGCCUGGAUGAAGAAGAACAUCCUCAUCGUGGCCGCCGUCGCCCUGGGCAUCGCCUUCUUCGAGAUCCUGGGCAUCAUCUUUGCUUGCUGCCUGAUGAAGGGCAUCCGCAGCGGCUACGAGGUCAUGUAGCCCCCCGGCACAGCACCACAGCCCCCCCCAGCUCUCACUGCCCCCUACCCGGGGGGCUGUGGCAGCUACUCCCACUCACCCUCUGCAAGCUUCUCCGGGGCAGGGCCUCACGUGCCAAACUUCCCUGGGGAUUGCUGCCCCUGGCCCCUUCCCCGCGUGUCCGUGGGGGCCGAGGGGACAUCCCCAGGUUUGGAAAUAAAAAGGAAAGCUUCCA